AUGCAUAGCACGCUCCUAAAAAACGUGCACGGCCAGCUGUGCAGAAGCCGAAAUGGCAGUGGCAAGUGCUGUCAGCAGCUGGUGCGGUUGAACCCAUCGGAGGGUGCGUCCCUCGGCGCCAGGGGGGUUAGCUCCGCUGGGGGCUACACUCGCAACUACGCACGCGACUGCGUUGAUCACUAUGCUUCCCCCUACGCAUGGCAUUUCACCGCUGACUCCUCAUUUUCGCGCCGCGCAAACAGUUCCUCCUCCACCUGGAGUGGGAGCUCUCACGCGUUUGGAACGUAUGGAGAAUGUUACGGUAUUCUUCGAGUAGGGACACACAAAUUGGAGCAUAGCAUGUUGGUGAACCAUGUGUCCUUUGCCACGGGCACGAAGAGCAAAAAGCCAGGAAAGGGUGCAGAGGAGAAAAAAGACACUGCUAAGCAGUACGAAGCAUAUGGAGAAAGUGGGACGAAAGAUCCACUUAGUGAAGAAAUAAAUAAGGCAACUCAGAAGGAAGGAGAUCCUUUUGAAGGAACAGAAAAUAUAGGAGGGAAAAAAAAAAAGUCCAAAUUGAAGCUAGUAGUAUACCUCUUUAGCAUCACCUUUGGAGGAUACGUCAUCUACAAAGUGUAUCAGAAUGACUUCAAUCUAUCAAAAGCGGAAGAGAGCAUAGUUAAAGAUUUUGUGAACCUAAUUUAUACGUACGAAGAAAAAAUGAGCAAACAGAAUUCAAAAUUUAUGACUUGCUUGAGUGAAAAAUUGAACAAGCAAAUAGCAAUGUACUUCCUUCAGCUGGAUGCAGACAAGAGCUCAGGCUUCCUCAUCAGUGAUGCUCUCUCCUUUUUAAAUGACCUAAACAUAAAAGAAGAUAACGCAAUUGUAAAAAGUUUUAUAAAAAAUGGAGUCGGAAAAAAUAUCGAGAUGAAGAAAUUAUCAGGGUGUUCUCUACAACAGUUUGCAGAGCUCUUGGAAAGCUUAAUUCUUGUGAGUAAAACGAAGCAACAAAAUGGCUCCUCAGAAGGGGCAGUCCAAACUGUUACCAAGCAGGAUAACUACUAUCUCAAUAUGUUACAGAAGUACUUAGACUGCCUAGUCUACUUGGUUAAGACAUCCGACUUAUAUUUGUAUGUCCAAAUGAAGAAGAACGCGGCAUCAUCCUCUGCUUCCUCUCCACAAGAAGGCCAAGAAGAACAAAUAAACGAUUUAGAAAUGGCUAUCCUUAAUAAGCUCACCAAGUACAACGACAAAUAUGUACAAAAACAGAAUCUCACUCUGGAAUACUUGUUAAGUAAGGAGGAGUUAUCGAAGUUUAAAAAAAAUGCCAACCUUUCGAGGAAGGAAGAAGAGAAGGAGUUACUCCUCAUCGAAAAAAAAAAAUUGGAAGAAAAAAUCCAGUUGCUGUUGAAACUGCAAGAGAAAAAGAACUUAACAGAAACGGAGGUUAAGCGACUACAAGAUUUGAAGGUAAAACUGAGGAACGUCAAAUAUACAAUUAAGAAGGAGGGACUGAAGAAGUACUUCCAGUGA